AUGACUUCAUAUAAUCGUUCUAUCUUAUGUACAAGUUGUGGAGAAGCAGUUUCUACUGAAAGCAAAUCUUAUUAUAAAUGUCGUGAAUGUAAAUUACAUUAUAUAUGUAAAAAAUGUUCAAAUGUACAACAAAUACAUACUUUAAUGAAAAUUACAAAAAAACAGAAUGAAAUAGAAAAAUUAUCGACAAAAUUAGCAUCAGCUAAUGUAGCUACAGCACCGGAAACAUCAAUUUUUGAAAGAUAUGAUUAUCUUACUAUGCCAACAAGUUAUUGUGAACAUUGUUUAACUAUACUACAUCCAAAUAAAGAGCGAUAUUAUUCAUGUCAACAAUGUCCAAAUGGUUUUGAUAUUUGUACGAAAUGCAUAAAUUUGAUGAAAACUGAACAUGCACCACAACAUACAUUUAAAAAAGAUAAUUAUUCAAUGGAUGAGCAUAUGCUGAUACAUUAUGAUACAUCAUGUGAUGGUUGUGAAACAGUGAACUUUAAAGGUAUUAGAUAUCAAUGUGAUGAAUGUCGUCAAAGUUAUGAUUUAUGUGAAUCCUGCUAUCAUAAAGUAAAUGAGUUACAUCCUAAUCAUGAAUUCAAAAUUGUUCAAAGUCCAUGGUUACAAAUUAGUAAUCGUAUAUUUUUGGCUAGACGUGCAAUACAAGUACUUAAAAAAUUUCCAAAUCAACAAUAUGAUCCGUUAACUGGUUAUACGUUACAAGAUGCACAACAAGUAAAAGAACAAGAAGAAAAAAAUUUGGACCAAUUUUGGCAACAACGUUUAAAAGAAGCAAAAGAUGCUCGAGAACAUCAAAGACAAAUGCAUAGAAUACAAAUGGAUAGUUUACGUCAUAUGGGAGCAAUAAUGGCUCCAAAUUAUCAUAUAAUGGAAAUGACACACGAUGAUGAUUACUAUUAG